GACCUUUCAACUUGGCUAACUCAUGCGACGCUUCUUUGUUGCAGCUUUUCCACAACCACAGCAGCAUCAGCAACUGGGGAUGACCACUCGGGCAAAAGGGCCUUGAUGGUUCACAGCUGUUUCAUACAGAGUAAGGAUCGCAGUUGGGCUGAAGAAGAGACGAUGGCUCCAUACCUGUGCAUCGUCUCAUUUCUUCUCUUUUCUUUUAGCUCGGCACUGGCUAGCAACUACGAUGUAUCGGCAGUUUUUGUUUUCGGGGACUCUUUAGUGGAUUCAGGGAACAACAACAACCUCCAAUCGUUGGCCAAGGCCAAUUUUCUACCUUACGGCAGAGACUUCGACACGCAUAAGCCAACAGGUCGAUUUGCAAAUGGAAGGCUGGUCCCAGACUUCAUUGCAUCAUUCCUUGGACUUCCGUUCCCGGAGACGUAUCUCUCGGCGGGAGACAACAUCGACCACGGGCUGAAUUUUGCAUCAUCUGGAGCGGGCCUGCUUCCAGCCUCUGGGAAUGUGUUUGGAGAACACAUUCCGCUUCCAAAGCAGGUUGCGAGCUUCAAGGAAGUCCAUGCAAGGCUUGUGAAGAAACUCGGCCCGGAAUCGGCCUCCCGCAUGGUCUCCAAAGCCAUUUACUACAUCACAGUUGGCAGCAACGAUCUGGUUAACAAUUACUACCUCCUCCCCGGGGCUCCGCUGAGAACGCAAUCGCCUCAAGAGUUCCAAGACUCCCUCAUCGUAGUUUUCAGGGAGCAAAUCAAGACAUUAUAUGGUGAAGGAGCGAGGAGAUUUGUGAUUGCAUCACUCACGGCACUCGGCUGUAGUCCCAUCAAUCUUCUCAAAUACCUCAUCAAGAAGCCAGGCGAGUGUGCUGCGGAGCCAAACGAUGCAGCAAAGUUGUACAACAAGGCCGUGGAAUCCAUGCUCAGCGAGCUGAGAGAAAGCUUGCCAGGAAUCAAGCUCCUCCACGGCAAUUGCUACGACAUGGUCUACAAGGCGGCCUUGAAUCCGCUUGCAAAUGGAUUCGACGAAGGUGAUAAGGCAUGCUGCAGUGGAAUCGGCAAGAACGGGGCCAUUGUUUUCUGCCUCCCAGACGUUCCCUCGUGCAAAGACCCCUCGAGGUAUGUCUACUGGGACGAGUUCCACCCGAGCAGCAGAGUCUACGAGAUCCUGGCUCGAAAUUUUUGGAGCGGUGGCAAGGACGAGAUUUAUCCCAUGAACAUCCAGCAAAUCUUUGGUGAAUGGGUUUUUAGCUCCUCCAUAGAGUUUUACAAAAUGGUCAGGCUAGAAGUUUCUAUGGCUUUGAUCGCCACCAUGGUUAUAGUGCUAUCACUGGUAACAUCUGAAGCUCAAGCCAAAGUUCCAGCGUUGUUCGUUUUUGGAGACUCCAUGGUGGAUGCUGGAAACAACAAUGCUCUAAUCACUCUGGCACAAGCAAACUUCCCCCCCUAUGGCAAGGACUUUGAUCAGAGCCAGCGUCCAACUGGAAGAUUUGCUAAUGGACGGCUUGUUCCAGACUUCUUGGCAUCGCGCUUGGGACUUGAUCUAGCUCCAGCAUACGUUUCUGCGAAUGACAAUGUUUUGCAGGGUGUAAACUUCGCAUCCGCUGGAUCUGGAUUGCUCGAGUCAACAGGCCUCGUCUUUCAGGGCCAGCAUUUCUCUCUUCCAGCCCAAGUCGAUCACUUCCAAAACGUUCUGGACAACAACAUCACCGCCAAGCUUGGAUCCAAGCGAGCCCGGGAGCUCUCGUCCCAAGCGAUUUACUACAUCACCGUGGGCAGCAAUGAUCUUGUCAACAACUAUUACCUCCUCCCGGCCUCGCCCCUGGCCGUCCGAUACACUCCCGAGCGCUUUCAAUCUCUCCUCCUCGCCGAGUACCACAAGCAACUCCAGAGGCUGCAUGGAUCCGGCGGCCGCAAGUUCGUCCUUGCUUCUCUCACGGCUCUGGGUUGUAGUCCCAUCAACUUGCUGCGAUACAACGUUGCCAAGAAGGGCAAGUGCGUGGAUUUCCUUAACGACGCCGCCGCUCGAUUCAAUGCGGAUCUCAAGGCCAGCGUCGUAAAGUGGAGCUCAUCUCUUCCCGGGUCGCACAUUGUCUUUGCAAACUCGUUCGACUACGUUCUUGAUCUUGUCCGGAACCCGGCCGCUCACGGAUACAAGGUUGGUGACCAAGCUUGCUGCAGCGGAAUCGGCAAGAAUGGUGCCAUCGUUUUCUGCCUGAGAAACGUCACCACCUGCGAUGACACCUCGAGUUAUGUGUACUGGGACGAGUUUCAUCCGAGCUCAAGAGUCUAUGGCGAGUUGGCGGACAGAUUCUGGGAAGGAUCUGUGCAAGACAGUUACCCCAUUAACGUGAAACAGCUCUCCACUCUUUGAACUCUUUGAGACUAAGAAAGAGAUUACCUUUUUAAUAUAUAAAACUUAUCUAAA